AUGUCCACCCCAGUUCUCCACAUAGUGAGGCCGAACCAGGCGGCUCCCGCAGGCUCCUCCGCCGCGGCACCGCUCAAGGUGUCCAUUCAGGCCUCUGCGCUGUUGCAGUUGGUUGAGUCCUCCUACCACGAAGAGACAACAAGAACAACUGGUGCGCUUUUGGGAAUCAGAUCGGAUGAUGGGUCUGAAAUUGAGGUUGUUGACAGUUACAUCGUUCCUCACCAACAAGUGGGCGAAAACCUAACGAUUGAAGGUGGCCACCACAUUUCCCAGUACGUUCUUUCCAAGAGAACAAACCCAGAUCUGGCUCUUUUGGGCUGGUUUUCCACCAGUCACGAGCUAGAUGCAUACACUGGAUUGUUUCAUGAUUUCUACUCCAGAGGCUCCUCUAUAAGCGUUCAUCCACAUCCUGCUAUCCACCUGACGAUACAGACCAGAGACUCUGAAAAUAACAUUAUCGCACCCAAAUUGAUAUCAUAUGUUGCUUCUCCAGUGGGAGCUUCUGGUGCUUUGGCCGCACAUUUGAAUAUUGAAAAGGUGGGAUCGUACGCGUUUACUCCGGUUCCCAACAAGGUGGUCUAUUCCACUGCCGAGAAGACCGCGCUUUCCUGGAUCAAGGAGCCUACCAAGCUAGCCCUGCCAACAGGCAAUGCUGUUGAGCUGGUUACCCUUUCGCAGGAAUUGGGAUCGUUGAGCGGGCUCGUGGACAGAGUUUUGGCGUACACGGACAAGGUGAUCUCUGGAGAGAUCCAAGGUGACGAGAAGUUGGGCCGUGAAUUGCUCAGCCAGUUGAGCGCAAAGCCAACCUCGGUCUCUGCAGAUGCCCUGGAAAAGUUGUUCAACCAUCAUACUCAGGAUUCGCUCUUGGUGGAGUAUCUGGCCAGUUCUAUAAGGACCCAGCUGGAACUGAGUGCCAAACUGACCUCUAUUGUUCAGAGUGAGAUAUAG